CUUGUGUUUCUCGUUGGACUCACUACACAAACCAGCUAACGUUAACGGUAUCAACGAAAGGCCUUAUUGUAGUCAGGGAGCGUCGUUUUUGAAAGACAUUUCUUCCUCCUGCUACGAACAUGGAGCCCAGCGACUCAGGGCGAGGGGGAUGGAAGUCCAAGCCCAUCCAGCCACAGAAAAACAAGAUGAACAUGAAUAUUCUCCGCCAAGAGAAGCUGAUAGCUCAGAAGAAGAAAGAGAUUGAGGCCAGAAUGGCAGAGCAAGCAAAGAUGAAUGUGCAAACCACGAGCAAACCCCUGCCUCCAAGUUCUCCCAGUCAUCAAGCAGCUUCGUCAAACAAGUUUGCAAAUGAUGGAAGCUUCUUACAGCAGUUCAUGAGGAUGCAGAAGGAGAAAUCCAACAAUGGGUCAGGUUCAACCAGUGAUACCAAAACUCCCACAGGCUUGGCUUCAUCACCAGGAGGAAAUGCACUGCAGAAAAAGAGCAUUCUUGUUGGCAAGCGGCCUGGCCUUGGAGUCAGUAGCAUGCUUAGUCAGUUCAAGAACUACUCAAACUCCAAGAAGAAUCCUGUUCUCAGCCAGAGGCCGAGUGUGUUUUGUUCUCCCGAUGAUGAAGAUGAGGACGAAGAGGCCGAUUACUCCAGAUUCUUAGAGAUGAAAGUCUCUCCCCCAGAGGAUUCAGACACCAGACUCAUUAUCAACAAGAUGGCCUCUUUUGUGGCGGAGGGAGGAGCUGAGCUGGAGAGAAAGGCCAAGGAGGACUACAAGGACAAUCCCGUUUUCUCGUUUUUAUAUGAUAAGAGCAGCGUGGAGUUUCUGUACUACAAAAAAAGGGUUGCAGAAUUGAGAAAGGAUUUGCUAAGACCUGAGAAUGCGUCAGAUGAUGUCUCCCCCCCAGUGGACCCGGAAACCCAGCAGGUGGCUGAGAAGUUGGCCAGGAUUGUGGCGGAGGGUGGCCCCGAGGUGGAAGCCAUCACUGCUGAACGUAACAGAGACAACCCUGCCUGCAGUUUUUUAUAUGACCCCCAAAGUCCGGCCUACGGCUUCUACAAAGAGAAAAUACAGGAGUAUCGUGCUACGGCAUCUCAGAGCUCUCUACCUCCAGCAGCAGAGUCAAGGACAGACCUUCAGCGACCAGCUGCUCCGCCAUCAGCAGGAAUCCCCCCAACGCUUAACCCCGCUCCUCUACCCCACGUUCAGGAGACAGAAACUCCGCCUGUCAAACGGAAGAGGAAGAGUAGAUGGGGGUCUGAGGAUGACAAAGUCGAGUUGCCCAUUCCUCCCAUCAUUAUUCCUCCGGAGAUCAGUGUCCCAGACCCUAACACACCCUCUCUCUCCGCCCAGGAGCUGAGGGGACUUGGAUAUAAGAAGGGGAAGCCUCUUGGUCUGGUAGGAGUGACAGAACUGUCUGAGGACCAGAAGAGACAAAUCAAAGAACAACAAGAGAUGCAAGAGAUGUAUGACAUGAUCAUGAAGCACAAGCGUGCGAUGGCAGAGAUGCAGGUGAUGUGGGAGAAGGCCAUCAGAGACCACCAACAUGAAUACGACAGCGAUGAGGAAGUAGACCAGCAGGCGGGCACCUGGGAGCAUCGUCUCCGAAAGAUGGAAAUGGAAAAGACCCGUGAGUGGGCAGAAUCUCUGACAGAAAUGGGUAAAGGGAAACAUUUUAUUGGUGACUUCCUUCCCCCUGAGGAGCUGGAGAAAUUCAUGGAGACCUUUAAGGCACUCAAGGAGGGCCGGGACCCAGAUUACUCGGAAUACAAAGAGUUCAAGUUGACGGUGGAGAAUCUUGGUUUCCGGAUGCUUAUGAAGAUGGGCUGGAAGGAGGGCGAAGGCCUGGGCAGUGACGGACAGGGCAUCAAGGCUCCUGUCAACAAGGGAACUACUGCUAUGAACGGAGCAGGAUUUGGAGUCGACCGGCCAGCCGAGCUCACAAAAAAUGACGAUGAGUAUGACGCUUAUAGGAAGAGGAUGAUGCUUGCUUACCGCUUCAGGCCGAACCCACUGAAUAAUCCCCGGAGACCAUAUUACUGAUGUAAAGGACUCUUUUGUUUAUUCUUGUUUAUCUUAACUUAAAUGCUGUCUUCUGCAGCUGCCACAGCUCUGCACGGUUGUGAAAUGGACACUGUUGCACAGUAGAAAUUUUAAAAUUUGAAGUGGAGACAUUGGUCGAUUCUCCAUUAUGUUUGAGGUUUAAUUUGGGAGAAGAAAAAAAAUCUUAAAUGUUUUCUUUAAAUAAACAAUCACCUGUUUUGUCCCAUUUUAUUUUAAUACUGUAACAGUCAACUUACAAUAUAUAAACUUACAUUACUCUUCAGUUUGUGUUACCAUUUUAUUCCCGUUCAGAGCUUGACUCGACUUUGAAUUCCCAUCUAUGUAACACAGCUGUAUUAGCACACAAUCUUCUGUAUAAUUGUUGCAUUGAGUAAUUUUCCUCACUGUGCUAUAAUUACGAAUUCCUGUCAUUCAGUGUUCACAAUAAAACAUGGCCACUUACUGAAA